AUGUCCUCAAAUUUACCAAGAAUUGCUGCUCGCCAAGCCAACAAAAUUUCAAAGGCGAAUAAUCCAUUCAUGUCUACUCAAACCACCGAUUACAAUAGUGAGAAAGCCCAAAACGACCGAGUAGACCCAGUGUUGGAGACGAAUGUACCUGAAGGAGUUCCAGUAGAAAAGGAGGACUUUUCAAUAGCGAAGUUUUUCGGGAUGAGAUCCUUGGACAAGGCGCUUAUCCGCAACGUGAGAAGAUUGAUAGAAGAAGAAAGAGAUCGUCAAAUAGAAUUUGAACGUAUGCGUCAGCCACGUUUGAAUUACUAA